AUGGCUGUCCAAUUGCCAAAACUGGAUAAUAAUAAUUAUUAUUACCAGGUAUUAUUCACCCUGGCAGAUUAUAGUAUUCAAUCUGAUCCUCCUGAAAUUCUCCUGGCUAUUCGUGCUCUGACUGCUGUCUUGAAGUACAAAUUACCGUCGUAUUAUCGUAUCAAGGCAUGCCUUCAACUUGGCAAAAUUUAUGCAAAAUAUACUUCCAAUAGAAAUGAAAUGAUUUCUUAUUUUUAUCAAGGGGUUACAGAAUGCGACAAGUCUGCUGAUAAUAGCGAAAUGAGAAUAGAAUUAUCCUUCCUUCUUGCCGAAGAAUACCAAUCUAUGAAACAGCUAGACAAUGCGCUACACUUGCUUUUAAGAAUAAGAGAAUUUACAAGAACCUAUCCUCGUUGGCAUCAUCGAGUUAUAUUUAAAUUAGUUGGUAUAUACUAUGUAAAAGGCGCUUUUGAUAGAGCUUUCAAUAUACUGCAAGAUGGUAUAUCGUAUUUCUACCAAAAUGGGGUUGUCAGGCUACAAAUACUUGCCACAAUUGCGCAGAUUACAUCCAUAUUUCAUACAUAUAGUGGUCAAAUCGCAAAGGCUGAUAAAUAUAUUAACAAGGCUAGAAAUCAGUUAGAUGAAUUAGCGACGAACGCCACACGUUCUAUGGAAAUUAGAUCUUCUAUGUCGACAUUAUAUCGCUUGCUUAUAUUCAAACAACUGGUAGUUAUUAAUCUAUUACUUGGUCGCCCUGCGAAUGCGCUUUUGCCUAUGCGUUCGCUUAUUGAAUUGUAUGAGAAUAACAAGCAGUUAUUAAGUACCGAGCGAAGCACUGUCCACGCCCUAUUGGGAAUGUAUGCUAUGAAUCUCGGCAACACGGAUCUUGCAAAAUAUCACUUCAACUCUGCUACCAACCUAUCCCAAAGAUACGACGUAAAGGAAUAUUUAAAGCUCUUACAAGCAAUGGUAGUACUUAACAGUGAAGCCACAACUAAUAAGUCUGAGCCUAUCUUACAAGAAACAAUGCCGGAGAAUUUACCAAUUCGAACCUUAUCUCGUGAAGCGAUUAAACUGGCCUACAACGCUGACAUGUUAAGUAUGACUGCUGCUGGCUUAUCGCUUACUGGAUAUACGCUUUUACAUCAAGGAAAACUACAGGAAUCAUUGGAUGUUGCUACUUCGGCGCUACAAAUAGCAAGAAAUAUUUCUAAUAACUAUACUGAAAUUUCUGCCUUACUGUUACUGUCAGAUAUUUAUCGAUUUGCUGGUGAUAACACUCGAGAAGAAGAAUACCGUACCUUGUAUAAUGGAAUCAUGGAUGAAAUCAGGCAAAACCAAUUUGAAGCCUCACGAUCCCCUUUAUCAAAUGUUGUCCAAGUUUAUACAAAAGUUUAUAUCAAAUAUUCUUAA